AUGGCAGUUUUUGAUUUCAUCAUUGGUUUCGGCUUCAUGUUAAUUGCUCUUUUUCUCAUUUUCCUAUACCUCAACAAGGAUGGGCACAUUUCAAUAGCUAUCAAAAAAAUAUUAACGAAUUCAAGACAAAAGGCAAAAGAUUUGAAGGAUGGUUCAACAUCCGACCCAUCAAAAACGACACCAGCCGCACCUGCAUGCUCUCCAGUAUCAAAUGAGGAAAUAACAAUACCCUCAGAUGUUCAAUCGGUGAAUAAUACUUUAUCAGAAAUUUCAUUGUCAGAAGCUGAAGUUCAAGUUGAUGAAGAGAAUCCAAAUAUUGUGAAAAUCCAUGUAAUUUGA